CUUAUCCCCACAAUCCUUUGCGGUCCAUCCGGAGUUGCCAGUCAUUCUGCUCGCAACGGAAUUUAGCUGGGUAGCUAGCUGCAUUGAUAAUAAUAGAGGUGCCCAAUCACAUGUAACAUUUAUAAAUUAAUAAUAAGUUAAACAGUGCCUUUCGCAGUAUUGACGAAAUGAAAGAAACCACAUCGAAACGGCGAGAGAAGCCCCGGGACAAAGCCGAGAAGAAACCUGAGCCAGGCCCCGAGCCUCAGGAUGUGGAGAUGCCGGAGGAAGAUGCUGCAGCCGCCGGGAAGCCUCAUAAGGAGUUGGACACGCUCACGCUUGAAGACAUUAAAGAGCACGUGAAGCAGAUCGAGAAGGCCGUGUCCGGGAAGGAGCCUCGCUUCGUGCUGCGCGCCUUGCGGGCCCUGCCCUCCACCAGCCGCAGGCUCAACCCCAACGUCCUGCACAAGGCCGUCUCCGGCUUCUACACCUCCAACGCCUCCGGCAAGGAGUUCCUGCUCGGCUUCCUGGAGGAGCCAAUGGACAUGGAGGGUGAUGUCCAGUUCCGGCCGAGGACGGGUAAGGCAGCUGCCACGCCCCUGCUGCCUGAGGUAGAGGCCUACCUGCAGCUCCUCGUGGUGGUUUACCUCACAAACAACAAGCGCUACGCAGAGGCUCAGAAGGUGUCAGACGACCUCCUGCAGAAGAUCAGCUCUCAGAACCGCAGGGCUCUGGACCUGGUGGCCGCCAAGUGCUACUACUACCACUCCAGAGUCUACGAGUUCCUCAACCAGCUGGAUGUAGUGCGCAGCUUCCUUCACGCCCGCCUCCGCACCGCCACGCUUCGCCACGACGCGGACGGCCAGGCCACGCUGCUCAACCUGCUGCUGCGCAACUACCUGCAGUACAACCUGUACGACCAGGCCGAGAAGCUGGUGUCCAAGUCCGUCUUCCCCGAGCAGGCCAACAACAACGAGUGGGCCCGCUACCUCUACUACACAGGUCGCAUUAAGGCCAUCCAGCUGGAGUACACUGAGGCCCGGAGGACGCUCACCAACGCCCUGAGGAAGGCCCCCCAGAACACCGCCGUGGGCUUCAAACAGACGGUGCACAAGCUCCUCAUCGUGGUGGAGCUGCUGCUCGGGGAGAUCCCGGACAGGCUGCAGUUCCGCCAGCCCUCGCUCAAGAGGUCCCUCAUGCCCUACUUCCUGCUCACCCAGGCCGUACGAACAGGGAACCUCGCCAAGUUCAACCAGGCCCUGGACCAGUUCGGGGAGAAGUUCCAGACCGACGGCACCUACACGCUCAUCAUCCGCCUGAGACACAACGUCAUCAAAACGGGUGUGCGCAUGAUCAGCCUGUCCUACUCCCGCAUCUCUCUGGCCGACAUCGCCCAGAAGCUGCAGCUGGACAGCCCUGAGGAUGCCGAGUUCAUCGUUGCCAAGGCGAUCCGCGAUGGAGUGAUCGAGGCCAGCAUCAACCACGAGAAGGGCUACGUCCAGUCCAAAGAGACCAUGGACAUCUACGGCACCCGAGAGCCACAGCUGGCCUUCCACCAGAGGAUAUCCUUCUGCCUGGACAUCCACAACAUGUCCGUCAAGGCAAUGCGGUUCCCGCCAAAAUCGUACAACAAGGACCUGGAGUCCGCAGAGGAGCGUCGGGAGAGGGAGCAGCAGGACUUGGAGUUCGCCAAGGAGAUGGCCGAGGACGACGACGACAGUUUCCCAUGAUCCUUUGGAGCGAUGACGCCACACCUUUUCUGGGCUUCUUUUUUUUUUUUUUUUUUUUUUUUUUUUUUUAAAACAACUUCUUUUGCACUGCUUACAGGUUGCCAGAGCAGUUCAGUCGAUCUUUGACUCCUUGGAAUAGGUGUUUACUAGACCUGGGUGAAAUACGUAUUUGUUUCGGAUUCAAAUACUUUUAUGUGCUCUAUUGAUCUUGCCUGGUGUAUUUGAGCCUGCCAGUAUGACCAGAAGGCGGGGUUUGCACUUUUUGAGAGUAUUUCAUUGGUUGCAAUACAUCAGUAAAGCAUUUGAAUACAAAAACAAAUGCAUAUUUGACCCAGGUCUGGUGUUUACUGCUAUCAUCUGUCUAGCCGGUCUGUUCAAAGAGGCAGUUGGUAAUUGAUUCAGUUCAGCAGAACUGAACUCGUUUGUUUUGUCUCUAUAAAACUGCAUGACAAAUUACAUUAUAAAACUGCAACAAACCAAGACGUCCAACAUUUGAGUGUUCUGAGAUAUUCAAGAUAUAUAUUUAUUGUUACAGCCACAUUACAACUUAAUAGUGAAACAUUUGGGGAAACAUUCAUAUUUGAGCAGUCAGAUCAAGGUGUCUCACGUAUACAGCUCAACUGGGAUGCCGGAACGUUUGUACUGCCCGUACAAUGUCCUUCCAUCCAAUCGUUUCCCCUUAUUAAGAAGUCUUGAGCUGCUGAUUUAUGCGUGAAUGCGGUGCCAUCAUGUAAUCCUUAAUAUGACAGAACGUCCACCGUCGUCCGUUAAUGAGGUUGGGUGGGUGCUGGAAAGGCAAGGUUUCUGUUAGCCAAGGGUUGUCACUGUCACACAAAACAAAAAAAAGUCACUGUCACCCUCUACCCAUCCUUGUAGAAUGAUGCAUUACUGUACCAGUCAGUGGGGAGAUGGAUUGUUUCAAUUAAAACGUUUUCUAUGUGUUAUAAUGA